AUGCCCCGCUACCGCGAUUCAUCCUCCUCCAGUAGCAGCAGCUCUGGAAGGGGUGAAGGAGGGGGAGGCAGAUGGGAUGCAAACCGUUUUUUCAGAGAGCGCGAUGAGCGUCAGGAAUCGCAGACUCGAGAAAGACGAACUACACAAGUUGUUGAUCGACCUCCACCUGAAGAAAGACGGCGACGUAAUAUCGACGAUAUACUCCAGGCCGCUCAUGAGCGCUACGGCCCGCCUGCCAGGAGAGCCGAUCGGACCUAUAACGACGACCACCUCAUCCCCUCGUCAGGUGCCUUAAUUCCCUACCAGGAGAGAGAGCAACGGGACCGGAGUCCAGUAAUACGUCCUCGACUCCUCCGUCGCCAAUCCUCUCUCGACACCUUCGACCGUGCCGCCAGUCGGCGGGUCCAUGAUGCCUAUGAUAGCGAGGACUACGGACCCCCGGUGACUCCGAUUCCGAUAGUUGUCCCGCGACGGAGACGCACACCCCCUGUCUAUGAAAAAACUGACUUGACUGAGAUACGCGUUGCAGAGCCAGACUAUUAUGGAGACGAGGUGUUCCGCACUAUACGGUCGCGGGAUAGAAGUGUUACCCCCCGGCCACGGGGUCGGAGCGUUGUAACUGUUCCCCGGGAAGUUGAGGUGAGGGAGAUUCGGCCUGCAUCAGCACCACGCCGCGGGAUGACUCGUGUGCCCAAGCACAUCGUCCACCCUCGAGCCAUCAUUGAUUCUGGCUACACGUAUGAGGAAGAGGGCAACUCCUAUCUUAUUUUCCAAGCACUACAGGAAUCUCAUAUUAAAGACUUAGUCUCCAGGAGCAGGGAAAUCAGACGAACACCUAUUGGUGUUGAACAUUCAAAUAUGUCAAUUGUUGAGAAUCCUACUAAUGGUGGCCCCUCUCAUACAGCAACGACGGAAAUUAAGGAUACAUUGGCUGUUGGCCCUCCACGGGAAACCGUCAGCAUGGAAAGACGGAGAUCAGUCUCAAGGAGGCCCAUACGAGUGGUAGGAUCGCGGUCGCGAAGGCCAUCUGUCUCACGAGUAGAGAUCCAGCCCAUCCGUCACCAUCGCCGUCGACGAUCGUCACCUAUCCGAAUCAUCGAACCCAAGGACUUCAUCGUGGAAGAUGUCCUUGUACCCCGGGCAGAAGUUGCGCUCAUCAUGCCUGACCGCCAUCGCCUCCGAGAGAGUGAUAUCCAAGCAGACGUCCUCGCCUUGGAUCGGGAGAGGAGAGCUCUAAGGCAAGAACGUGUGGAGGGAGCAUUGGAAGUUGAAGAAACUCUGGAUGUGCGACGGGAACCUAAAGCACCAAGUCCUCGACUGAUCAGGGCGAUGAUGGCAACGCUGACCUGA